GAACCAAACCUUAGAGCUCUCUUAAACAAUAAACGCCCUCUUCUCCUCCUGCGUUUUGACUCUAGGGCGUAGGAAGAAAAGGGUGGACGACGUGGUGUGUUGUUGUCGUUGCCCUGCUUCUUCUUCUUCUUCUUCUUGCUGGUGCUAAUCCUCCCAGGCACAUAUCCAUAUGACAUUAAGGCAAAGUGACUUCAGCUGUUAGUUGGAAGACAUAUCUGAACUAAGCAUAAGUUGAGUGAAUGCAGGAUGGCAAGUGGAGAGUUGGACAUUGAAGCCAUGAACAAGACCCUUAGCUCAGUACAAAUUUCUGAAGAGAACAAGGAUGAAGGUGAUGGUGUGCAGAUCACAUGCUUUAGUGAGGUUGUCAAUGAUGUUACCCUCCACUUCCAAAUCAUGCGUCUUCCCAAGCAGAUAUAUGCAUGGAUUGGUUGCAACUCCGCAAAACUAGGAUACUUGUAUGCAGCAGCACCUACACGACCUAAUAACGCAGUAAGUGUUAGCUGUGUGCUUGGCGGUGCAUCUGAUAAUACAGGAUCAGGCAUUGCUCGAAGAAUUGUGUUGAAAACGGGUCUCAAUGUAAUUCUGGCUUGUAAUAUUCCCAAAAAUACUCCCAUUCUUGAGGCAGAUGCUGAGAAAUUGUUGGUGCAGAAGUUAAUCAGUCUCGGGUACACAAAGCAAAAACCCAAAUGAUCAUCUCCAUAAUCUGCUAUAAUCGAAGACAUACAUGAUACGCCAUUAUGAUUCUUAGUAGUUUAACUCAUUUCCCUGAUUGAAGCUAUGUUGUCCAGAAUAAUAUCACUGGUUAAAGCGUCUUAGAUGAUGGUUCAUUAAUUCUGUAAUUCAGAAAUUUUGUUAAUUUAGAAGUACAAUACCAGUUCUAAGUGGCAGUUCCCUCAAAGUUUCACAGUAUUGUAAGUUUUUUUCUUGAAUUACCGAGUAGAUAAGAAAAACAAAGCCAAAUUUUGAGACUUUUGAGUGUCUUGUUGCUGCUGCUGUGUAUUGUUCUUCCAAUGUCUGUUUACAGUGUAUGUUGGUGGUAUCUGGACCGUGAAAAUUUAUCUGCA